AUGGAUGAACUGGUUGAUGAAUUGGAAAAUGUGAUAGAGGAAGAUUUGAAUAACGUUGGAUCAACGGAAGAUGGUAAUAAACCUUCCGGGAGUUACGCAAACUCUCAGAUUGAGGAUGAUCUUGAAGGUUCAUUGGCAGGAGCUAACACUAACCUGAGUGAUUAUACUGAAGCUAGCGGCUCACAACUUGAUAAUUACAACAAGCCAGAAUCAACACAGCCUAAUGAUACUUUUAAGGGUACUGAAGUGAAAUUUGAGGAUUCUAAGACUUUUACCAAGAAAGACGUUGAAAUUGGCCGUAUUCUUGCUAGACGAGGAAUAUUUUCAACUGAUGUUCUUAAUGAAGAGACUUUGUUUACAGGAAGCACAAGAACACAUGAUUAUCAAAGAACACGACGUUAUCAAGCCGCUGAUACCAAUGUAAAGGAUCUAAACGAUCCAGGCCUUAACGACAAGAAUUGUGUUUUACGCUUGCCAGAAUACGCUGCAGAUUUGGUCAGGGAAAGACAGUCGAAAGGUGAGCCUUUGGGCAUUACAGUUUCACCUACUGGAAGAUAUGAUUUUAGAGAAUAUAAAGUUGAGAUAAAGGGACUUGAUACGCCAUUAUACGCAAUUCUAGGUGAACUUCCGUGUGUUAUUGAGGCUCACAAAACCCUUAAUAACGACUUAUUAUUCAAAUCAGCAGAUAUUUCUCAACUCAUGAUCGCAUAUGAAAAGGACCAGGCCGACAAGGUGGCUGAAAUUUUAAAGGAUAGAAUGUGGGAGUGGCCUGACGGUCUAACUCCAGGUACCAAGAAUAUAAGAAAAAAGAGGUUUAAAGACUUUAAUGAUUAUACAAAGGAAGAGAUAAAGGAGGCCGAGAGAGAAAUUUUAAUCCUAAUGAACGGUUUAGUAAGAGACACUUACCAUUUCGAGAUUAAAACUACUCAGGAAGUUAACGAUCUUGUUCAGAAUUAUAGAAUUGGAAAUAUUAAGGAAAGAGUGAUUGGGCCUGAUGAAGACGUUUCUGUAUAUAUAAAAGCCUUAGAGGAGCAGGAAAAUGAAGAGCUUCCUGAUUUAUCUGAAAUCAUGUUCGACUCAGAAAUUGCCUCCAUACCAAAUAAAUUUAUUUAUAACAAUAUUAAAAAUAGGAUUUUUAAUAGGCCUACUUAA